AUGCCUAUGAUACCAGUGAGCGGCCCUCGGCCACAGCCUGACUCAUGGCCUUCGAGUCCUGGCCGUCUUACCCCGUCAUUGGAUGAUGACUACACAUCAACAGACGACGACGACCUCGACCUACCCUCAUUUCAUGAAAACCCCCUGACCUAUUUCUUAACACCCGCCCCUGCCAAAGACGAUGAGCUCGAAUUCAACUUUGACUUUGAUGCUGGUAUCGAGGACUCCAGCAACCCGCGGGACAUCGUUCGAAGUAUAAGUCCGUCGACUCUCGAUGGCCUCAAGCGGUACAAUCCCAAAUACAAAGCUUCCGACUGUGCCGUCUUGGAUGACGACGAAGACGACAAUGAGGACUACAUCCGCUUCAAGCCUCAGAAGUCCCUCCCCUUCGGCUUCGAGGAUUACUUCGACCACCCAAAGCACAAUUCUCCCCAAGACACCCUAUCUCGGAGCACAGAAGCACUCCUGUCACCCAGGGCAUUCCAUGUUGGAUCGCCUCGGGGUCGCCCAUCCAAGCGAUUUGCGCCACCCCGUCGAUCUUUCCCGAAGAGGCCUCAGAGCCUGUCAAUUCAGCGGCGACACUCAUGGCGGGAGCCGAGUCCCGACGUCUGGUCCAUCGAGGAGGAACCCGAGAAGGAAACUAUGAGCGAGAUGGGAAUGAGCGUUGGAGAUCUCCAGGACGCUCAGGAGGACAAGACACAACCAAUAGACAUACCGGCUGCAAAGCCAAAGAAGAUAGUUCGGUUCAUUCUGCCGGCCGAGGAGUAA